GAUGGGGGAAAAGAAUUGCUACCUGAGAAGAUACCACAUCAGAAUCCUUCAUUAUUAAGCCUGCAGAGUAGUAUGAUGUCCCAGAAAAAAAAUGCAGUAGCUCAGCGAAUAUCAUCAGCAAAAGUUCACAAAAUUAAAGAGCUGAAGAAUGAAAUAUUUGAUUUACAACAGAAAUUAGAAGCAUCAAGCUUAGAAAAUCACAUUUUGAAACAGAUUCAGUGUCGCCACUCAAAAGCAAUACCUGGCUAUGAAAAUUCAGAAAGUAACUUGCUGGAUCUUUUAGCAUGUCAUUCUAAUGAGGCAACAACUUUAAGGAAACACCUGAGGAUAUCUCAGAAGAAUGAGAGGAAUACAUCCAGGAAGCUCAGAGAAGUUGAAGCAGAGCUUCAAAGCACUAAAGAAGCUUUGCAGAACUUACGUAUGCUUUCAGAAGACAAAGCUCUUGCAGAGAGAGAGGAACUCCAUCACAGAUUAUCAGUCCUUACAGAAAAAAUGGAAGUGAAUGCUAGGAGGAUACAGAGCUUAGAAAAGCAGCUGAAGUUGAACAAUAGCACCUUAAGUCAUCAGCUGGCAAAUGAGAACAAAAAAGCUGUGGAAGCUGGGAUAAUUACAAAGAACUUGCAAAUGGAAAUUAACUCUCUUCACCAAAAAAAUCAAGGUAUUCAAGAAAAGGAUUGGCAACUUAGUAUAAAAAACAUCUAUGCAAAUUGGAUGUUUAAAGUCCCCAAAGACAAAAGUGAUUCAGCACCUCAUGAAAAAAGUCUUAGUAUAAACAGAUCAGUACAAGUAGAUAAACACAGUUUUAGAUCACUGCUGCUGUCACAGCAUCAAACAUGGGAAGCAGAAAAAAGUGCAGUUCAGCUAGCAAAGGAGAAAAACUCUUCAGAAGAUAAGAACCAAAAACAUAAAUCGAAUUAUGCAGAUGCCCAUUGUAGAACACAAAACUCAUCAAUGAAGAAAAUACCAGAGCCAGAAACAUUUACCAGAGCAGAGCACUUAUGGGAGGACACACUACUGAUGGAAGAAUGCACUGGUUUGAAAUUUAUGGAAGAAGGAAAAAAGACAGAUUUACUUAAACAGGAGCUGAAAAACUUGAUGAGGAACGAACAAACUCCUUCAAGUGACAGUGUAAAAGAGAACAACCGUGAGGAAGAUGCAGUAGAAAAAUAUGAAAAAGAAGAAAAAAGUCCAGAUGAACAGCUAAAUAACAGGGAGAAAGCAGGGAGUAAAUGUGCAACUUCAGACCCAAGAGACAAAAUAUCCAUUAGAGUGAAAAAAAAAUACACAUUCUCAGAAGCCACUGAGAAUUUGCAUCACAGGCUUUUUACAUCGUGUCCACAAUCAAGAAAAGGAAGUCUCUGCAACUACAGACAUGCAGCUCAGGACUACAGUAAAACAGGUGACUCGAAAGUGAAAAUCUCCUUUGGGCUAUAUGAACCAUUUUUUGCUAAAGUUACCAAAGCAAGGCAGGACAGCUCCACUGAAAUGGAAGGCUGUACUCAUAUGGCAUUUGCUGAAAGAAGUCUGACUAAAGAAUUCUUUGGAUCAGGCUGUGCUUGAAGAGAUAGUCAUUCAAGUUCUAACAUGAGAGAAAUGAAGAAUGAGAAGUGAAAGGACGUGGGAUUACACAAGCCAAAUUUCAAACCACGGCUACUACUAGUUCAUAAUGUAAAGGAUCUAACACCGAUGAAAU